ACCGCGUGACUAGACUAAAUACAUGUAGCUUUCAGGCUGGGGCAGAGCGCCGCUUUUUGUUCAGUUUUUUUUUUAUCUGUGAUCUAGUGCUAACUGUGGCGUGGUGUACAGUGGGAGCAUCCUUUUCAUUACAUGACGGUGCCAGAGUCUUAGGCUCCACGCAGGUCAAGUGUGCGACUAUGUUAACUUAGUUACCUCUUAAAGACAGUGGUUGCCGUGUGUUUGGUGAUAGAAUCAAGCGUCAAUUACCUUGGCUAAAUGUCAUCAUGUUAAAAAAAAUAAUUCAUUUACGAAUGUAAGUAUACACAUAGGUAAAUAAAUAAAUAGGUAUACAAAUAGGUAUACAAAUUGUAAGGUCAUUCCAUUAGAGUUAUUCAUUUCUCUUCUUAAUUUUAUACCAAAAUUGUAUCUUUGUUGUAAUCAGUAAUAAUAUUCGCGUCAUUGUAGGCCUAUGUUAAUUUGUGUGUUUCUCUCAAUGAGACCAACAGUAUAAUGAAUGAGACCAACAGUAUAAUGACAGAGACCAACAGCAUAAUGACUAAGACCAACGAUAUAAUGACGGAGACAAAUGGUAAAAUGAAAGACCAACAGUAUAAUGAGUGUCGAUACUACAAUUUAAGGCACAAUCGACCCCUAACUGAUCGGUGGACGGUUUAAAACCAAUAUCAUACCAGAAAUACUUUGUCAUUUUUUAAUUUUAAAUAUUUUUUUGGGCAUUCCCUAAAGGAUACUUCCAAUAUCUGGCGGUUCGUGCAAAGUGUGUUCUUGGACAGUCUGACGUUUCGCACCACGUGACCAAGAACGCACCCGUGCAAUAGUUGUGUUGAAGUGAAGAGCAGAGCAGUGCUAACGAGAUCCUUGCGCAACUGGAUUCUUUCUUUACUAGAGGUCACUUUUAUUAACGUUGCAUCUCAUUGAGUCCCUAACGGAAUAACUGCUGCUGUGGUCAAUGCAACCAUUACGAGACUCCCUGGGGGGAAUAAUGUGCUACUUUAAGAGCUCUCGUAACUACCUGAGGCGCCGACUUCUUCCGUCCAUCAUCAGCCUGAUCUCCCUUGCCGUCUGCGGACUACUUUUCCUGACCGUCGGCCACCAGAAUUUCCGCAGUCAUGACAACGCUAGUGACAGGGUCCAAACGCAAGUUGACAGGCAUCGCCCGAAUUCCGGUCAAGAGAAAUCGCAAUCAUCGGCCGAUGCGUCGGAUCUGAUCCGGCGUUUCUACCAAAACGUUUCAUCACCACUUGCCCGCGACCAACUUCCUGGCGCGGCCAGGGGUCUGAACACAGGUGAUAAGUUGAAUGAAACUCGACCUCCGCUCUCCGCCACCACCAGGUGGUCUCCAUCCGGCCCUGAGAGUUUCAGCGCCCCGUUGAUCCAUCCUCACGGGAACUUGACUGGCGUCGGCCGAACUGGGAGUGACGGCGGUAACCGGGUCAAGCCACUCCAACACUUGACAGGCGUCUCAAAUCACGCUGCCCCACGGGGAACAGUGGACAGAUCAUUGGUCAAAUCGAUUGCGGACGAUCUUGACCAGUAUGUGGACGGCGUCUACUGGACGCACGAGGUGGACAAACUGAUCCCAAAAGGUAAAUGGACAGAAAUAAUAAUUCCUCAUAAACAUAAUAGUAGAGAAUGUGUAUUUCUUCAUUUUUUUAAAAAAAUGUUUAUGUAUCGGGAGCAUACGAAACUCAUCGUGUAAUAAAACUGGUUACCAAUCCGUGUCAUUUCUAAAAAGAUGUGUCUGACAUUUGUAAACAUACAGUGCUACCUCGAGAUACGAAUUUCAUUCGUUUCGUAACCUUGCUCUUAAGUCAAUUUGCUCGUAUCUCAAAGCAUUUUUCUCCAUUGAAAUCAAUAGAAAUGCCAUUAAUCCGUUCCAGCCCCCAAAAUGCCACCUCAGUUGUUUUUGUUACGUGUUUUUGAAUAAGAAAAAUGUAUUUAUAGAUGACAAAUAUUGUAUAAAAACAUAAUAAAAGAGAAUGUAAAGAAAUAAACUGGUUUUAUAAAGUGUAUUUACUUUGGACAUCAGCUGACUUGAGCUUACGGAAGAUGCUGGUGGAGGAUUUGGGUGGAGGAGAUAGGUGAAGGAGUUUCACUUCCUUCACUUACUUGCUACACUGUUAAUGCUUAAGUCUUUCGGUCACUUUAAUUCACUUACUCGCUACACUCUUAAUGCUACACGCCAUCCAUAAACUUAAUGGAACUUAACUAAACUUCACUGAAUUUACAUUCCACUGUACAAUUUUUUGUUACUUUCGCUUAAUUUUCGUCACUGCAGCCGGCCGACCCUCUAUUCUGGUUCCUCGUAUCUCAAAUAUUUCUGGUAUCUCAAAGCAAAACAUCGCUCGCUCGACGCCUCGUAUCUCAAAAAUCUCGUAUGUCAGGGCACUCGUACGUCGAGGCACCACAGUAUAUAGCACUAUUUCAAUAUAAUGCCAAAACUAUUUUUCUCUCUUGCUCUCGUUUUCUCUCUCUCUCUCUCUGUCUCUCUGUCUCUCUCUCUGUCUCUCUCUCUGUCUCUCUCUCUGUCUCUCUCUGUCUGUCUCUGUCUGUCUCUCUCUGCUCUCUCACUCUCUCUUUCUCUAUCUAUCCUUCCCUCUCUCCUCUCUCUACUCUCUCUCUCUCUCUCUCUCUCUCUCUCUCCCUGAAAGGUCAUUAAAGUCAUUACUAUCAUCUUUCCGCAACAAUUUUGUUUCAACAUUAAGACUCAUGACUUACGCCAAGGGCGAGUAAUAAUUGCUUUAGAGUUUCAUCUUGAUCUUAAAACAUGCAUGAUCUUUAGAAAAUAUCGACUAUAUUCAAAACACCAAAUCUAAUGUCUAACGUAUAAAGUCUAAUGUAUAAUGUCUAAUUUAGGUCUAAUGUCUAAUAUAUAAUGGUUUAUGUCUAUUGCCUAUUGUCUAAUGUCUGAUGUCUACUGAUGUCAAAGGUUAAAGUUGUUUGAAAGGCGUUAAAACAUAAGAUUUGAAGUUAUUGCUCCAGAGCACUUGCGUCUCGCAAAACGGCUUCCCGUGAUAACGGGACGUAAUGAAGAUUAGCCUUUUUCUCUCCUUAGAUUGAGAUGACUGUCUGAUUGUACUUAUCUCCCCUCUCUGUAACUCAUCUGGAGUUGCCUCCCGUUACAUGUCUGUUGUUUUUGGCUUCCAUGUUAUCGCCCGCCCCUGCCCCCCAACCCCAAUCUCCCACCCCACCCCCCCCCCUCACGAUAAGUUCCCACGGGGAGCGAGGCUUUAAAACGAGGUUGUAUCCACCAUUUUUUGACUCCCGUUACAUGUCGGUUGUUUUUGGCUUCCAUGUUAUCCCCCGCCCCCGCCCCCCAACCCCAAUCCCCCCCCCCCCCCCCCCCCCCCUCACGAUAAGUUCCCACGGGGAGCGAGGCUUUAAAACGAGGUUGUAUCCACCAUUUUUUGGUGAGUAGGGGGAGGGGGUGGAAAGCGGGGCGGGCAGCGGUACCACUCCGAGCAAUAACGUUACGUGAACCUGUGUUGGGCUCCGGGCGGGGGGUGUACGACAGUCAGGCUGUCUGCAUUUAGACACGUUUCAGAAAUGGGGUGGGGGAGGUAUCAAUGCACAUGCAAAGCUGGCGAUAUUUUUUAAACGUCUGGAAACGAGAGUGAAAUUGGUAGAGAAGAAAGGGCGAUGAAGCUGAUUCAAUGAGUUAAUUGCACGAGAGUUACGGUUCUUUGUCUAUCAUCAGUUUUCAACAUAACGAAGGGGUAAAGAAGAUAAUGUUAGUCUGGCUAAAAUAAGCCAAACAUUAACCCAUAUAAUCUGGACUCGUGGCAUUUGGAGUAAUGGCAUCUGGACACAUGGCAUCUGGACUCAUGGCAUCUGAACUCAAGACAUUUGGACUCAUUGCAUCUGGAUUCAUGGCAUUUGGACUCAUUGCAUCUGAACUCAAGGCAUUUGGACUCAUGGCAUCUGGACUCAUGGGGUUUGGACUCAUGGCAUCUUGACUUAUGGUAUUUGGACUGAUGACAUCUGGACUCAUGGCAUCUGGACUCAUGGCAUCUGGACUCAUGACUCAUUGCAUCUGGACUCACAGCAUCUGGAAUCUUGGCAUUUUGACUCAUGGCAUCUGGACUCAAGGCAUUUGGACUCAUGGCAUCUGGAUUCAUGGUAUUUGGACUCAUGGCAUCUGGACUCAUGGUGUUUGGACUCAUGGCAUCUGGACUUAUGGUAUUUGGACUCAUGGCAUCUGGACUUAUGGUAUUUGGACUGAUGACAUCUGGACUCAUGGCAUCUGGACUCAUGACUCAUUGCAUCUGGACUCAUGACUCAUUGCAUCUGGACUCAUGACUCAUUGCAUCUGGAAUCAUGACAUUUGGACACGUUGCAUUUUGACUCCUGGCAUCUGGUAUGAUGGCAUUUGGACUCGUGGCAUUAUGUCUCGUGGCACAUGGAAUCAUGGCCUUUGGACACAGCUGUUGUUUUAUUAAACUAUAGAAAAUAUACCAGUGCACUAUGCUUAAACUUACUUUCAAUUCUUCUCUAUUGUAGACCUACUCUAUUGUAGAGCUACUCUAUUGCAUUGGUUGUGUAGUACUAUUUUACACGUGCCUCGAAUGGAAAGCUGUUUUGUUUUUGUUUGUUUUGUUUGUUUUCACUUUUAAAAUAGCGAAUGCAUGAUGAGGAGGGUAAAAAAGUAGGUGAUAGACAAGCAUGUUGGCCUUAGGAAUCCGAUGCAUCUUGUGAGCGUGGGAAGAAGACAAGAAUACAUUUUGAAAAUGCCUAUUCAUCGUUUUCCAUUUUUUUUUUACCGUAAAGAAGAGCACGUAACUCUGACUGUAGAGUUACCUACCGCUGUCCGUUUGAGGUUGAAAGCUUUCUUUAACUGGAAACUCCGAGUCUACUAGAGUUUAUCUACAAGAGCUCUGCAGGAAGUGUACGGUAAACAUGGCUGGAAAUACGGGAGUGGGGAGGGGGGAGAGCUGUGUCGUGGCCUGCAAACAAUACAAGAGGCCCAACUAAGCAAAGAAACAAUCGCUGGGAAUGAGAAAGGUCUCUAUGCGCUAGAGACACAUCUUUAUACGACAGAAACACAUCUCUAUACGGUUGAGACUAGAGACCGACCGAAUUUCGGCUUCGGCUUCGGUUUCCGCACCGAAAGUGGCCAUUUUAUCACUUUCGGCUAAGUUUCGGUUUCGGCCGAAACUGAAAGUUAACUUUCGGCUUAAUUUCAGUUUCUGCCGAAAGAGAAAAGUUAACUUUCGUUUUUUUCGAUUUCAGCCGAAAUUGACUUAGACUUUCGGCCAUCCGCCGAAAGUGACUGAAAUUUUCGGUCAUCUAAUUCUCGGCAAAAGCGAUAUUUAACAACAAACUAAGCGACAUUUAAGAACAAAUUAAGCGAUCUUUAAGAACAAAUUAAGCGAUCUUUAAGAACAAACUAAACGAUCUUUAACAACAAGAUGUUAUAUUAGAUGUUUAUUUUUUAAUAUUCACGAUUAUCCCAUUUUUAUAAAAAGAAUAUAAAUAUUUAUGCUUUCCCCCGUUAUUUUUGAUGUAUGCAGAAUGUAUGCGGGAACGAAUUUCAAAAUAUCUAAAUAUUUCAUUUUCGGUUUCGCCUUCGGCUUCGGUUUCGGCCGAAAAUCAUUUUUAACUUUCGGCCUUUUUUCGGUUUCGGCCGAAAGUCAUUUUUAAACUUUCAACCUAUUUCCGGUUUCGGCUGAAAGUCAUUUUAAACUUUCGGUCGGUCUCUAGUUGAGACACAUCGAUAUACGCUUGAGACACAUCGAUAUACGUUUUAGACAAAGUUAUAUUACGAGCCUUCGUGUUGGGAGCGGUUGAAAAAAGUUUUUUAAAUGAUUUAUUUGACUUUUUAAAGGGCUGGUUUUCGAAUAGUCAGAUAUUUAUUGUUGGACACAGUCAGAUGUUGGGGUUUUUUUUGUUUUUUUUUGGGUUGUUUUUUGGAGCAGUCAGUGGUUGGGAGCAGUCAGUGGUUGGGAGCAGUCCGUGGUUGAUUUUUUUGGGAGCAAUCAGAGUUUGUGGUCAGUCAGAUAUGUUUAUGGGAUCAGUCAGAUGUUGUUUGUUUUUUGUUCGAGCAUUUAGAUGUUGGGAACAAUCAAAGAUUGGUAUAUGGAAGCAGUCAGAAGUUGGAAGCAGCCAGAGGUUGACAGCAGUCAGAGGUUGGAAGCAGCCAGAGGUUGGAGGCAGUCAGAGGAUGGAAGCAGUCAGAGGUUAGAAGCAGGCAGAGGUAGAAAGCAGCCAGAGGUUGGAAGCAGUCAGAGGUUGGAAGCAGUCAGAGGUUGGAAGCAGUCAGAGGUUGGAAGCAGUCAGAGGUUGGAAGCUGCCAGAGGUUGGAAGCAGUCAGAGGUUGAAAGCAGUCAGAGGUUGGAAGCAGUCAGAGGUUGGAAGCAGUCAGAGGUUGGAAGCAGUCAGAGGUUGGAAGCAGUCAGAGGUUGGAAGCAGUCAGAGGUUGGAAGCAGUCAGAGGUUGGAAGCAGUCAGAGGUUGGAAGCAGCCAGAGGUUGGAGGCAGUCAGAGGUUGUUUAAAAAUGAAAUUUCAUUUUAUAGAGUCAUUCUUCUUGAAACGUUGUUUACAUUUCAUUUAAAAAGAACUCUCUAACUUCAAUUGUAAUUUGCUUAAAAUUCGAUUGAUGUUCUUCGACGAGGCAUUUUUUGCUUGGAGAGUACUAUAAAUUAUGGCCACUCACACACGACUGUAAGUGGCCAUUGUUCUAUGUAGAUAACACCAAACAGACUGUCUUUGAUGGUUAGAGCAGCUGCUUGCUCGCCCCCCCUCCAACCUUCCCCACCCCACAUCCCCCAGCCCCCAAGUCCCACGAGAGAUACACCGAGAGUUCUUGGCCUGUGGCAAAAGAUAGGCCAAAGGUCGUUACCUCUUCAUUAGCGGCAUACCACAAGGUAUCUGUAUCUAUGUAGCGAGUUGUGUUGUGAGCUCUGAGGUCUAAGGACAGAAAAAAAACUUGGAUUCUUGGCGUUCGCGCGAGACAAUUAUAGGGAGAUAAUUUAUGGCGUAGAAGUUGAGAGGGAAGCUUGCAAAAAAAAAAAAAAAGGGUGGAAUGUGCGAUGUUAUAAUAAUACAUUAGUAAUAACAAAGAGCUUUGACAUCCCACUGUACUACUAGGAACCUACAUACGCCACCCCAAAACCCCUUCCGCUGGCUACGUUCUUCACAGAGGCGCAGCUAGAAUGUUUGAAUUUUUUUUUUUUUUCCUUCUGAAAUAGUUUGUUGAAAUAAAUCUGCGGUUUUAAAAGCGGAUGUGUCAUUGGAGCACUAAUAAUAUAAUAAAAUAAUAGAAAUGCAUUUAAAGGAUCCAGGUACUAUUACAAGUCUCAUUGUCUAAUGGAAUCAGAGGCGUAGCGAGGGGGAUGCAGGGGGGGACAGAUGUCCCCGGGUGCCAGGUAGUUAGGUUAUGGACAAAUUAACGUCCGUCUCAAAUAUACAGAGCGCUUCCAUUUCUGACAUGCAUCUCCUUCUACCCCAAGAAUAGAGCGCCUGGAGAAGAAAAAUUAAUCCAAUUCUUUGUUGUUUCUCGCCUUGCCUGCUGAAGGAGGCUUCUAGCCGAUACGAUCUCUUGCGUUUGUCCUGUCUUUUCCUUUCAAGCCUAACAUAUCUAGUUCCACCAUUUCCUUCACGCGGCUUGAAUGCAGUCCCUCCUAUGUUGACAAUUACUAAGACAACCUGUCUCAUUGAGUAUUCAAAGACACGGGAUCUCUCGUGAUAAUUUGACCUUUCCCCUGUCUCCCAACACAGGCACACAAGUAAAUACGCCUCCCUAUGUCACGCAAGAUAUUUAAUAAAACUCUAACAUUUUCCUGUCGUUUUUCCCAGGAAUUUCUGAAGAAGAGGCUGAUCAAUGGAUAGCUAAUUCUCGAAAGAUGAAACUCGAUGUUGUGGAGUCGUCUGAAGGUUCCAGGUGCAGCGGCUUCAACAACUUUUUUGCCAGCAUGGCGGACGGAAGUAACGUAUGUGUGCGUUACAGAUCGCCUCGUAAUUCUUUGAUUCAAGGUGAGUGAGGCACUUGUGUGGUACUUGUGGGGUACUACUGAGGUACUUCUGGGGUACUUGUGGGGGUACUACUGAUGUACUUAUGGGGUACUACUAAAUGACGUUUUUCAAUUUUCUCCAAACUUGGUUUUAAAGCAUGCAUUAGUAUUGAAUUGUUUUCUCUAAUUAGUCAAUUAGGUAACGAUGCCGACAAAAUUGAUUUACCGACAAUGUCAAAUCUGUUAGCCAGUCGACAUGACCUCAGAGCCGUCGCUAGACUUUUGGAGACCCCUUGCACACCCUUCGGUUGUGUGCACCCCACAUUCAAAGUUGAUAGUUAGUCUUUAUUCUCACCCCAAUUGUAGGCCCCCUUAAAUAACCAGAUGCUCCCUGCAGACGCACGGGUUGCAGAAACACGCAUGGCAUGAUCGCGUUCUUACCGUCGAGACUAUCGAAACCCCGACGAGACUCAGCGAGAACACUUUUGGCGAUUCCUAGCUGACCAGUCAUCCAAAGUCAAAGUUACAGCGGUCAGCUCUUUUGUUAACAAAUAAAAAUGUCGUUGUAGCACCUUUUUCGGCAAACCAUUUCUCAGCUACAGACAAACCUCAUUGUCGUAAGGUUUUGGUUUGGCAUGUCAGUAUGUACGCCCUAUGAACAUUUUGGUUGAUGUUCGCAGAGCUUAUAUGCUCACGUAUAUUUGUAAUUGUCGGCACACAAUGAAGCGUAAUCACACAACAUAUUCUGAAACUUUAAACACAAAUUAGAAUCUCCCGUAUCCAAAAAUCGGUUGACAGGACUUAUAUUUUGGUUCCCGGCAAUUUAGAAUGUGCGGACAUUAUACGGAGCAACCAGGGACGUCCUUUGAUAGGGGAGGGUGGGGUAUCUCCCCCCUCCCCCCACAAUGUGCAGGUUUUAUUUAAAUUGCUAGGUACUUUGGCGCCACCAGUAAUAAACAACUUAACAAGCCGACCAAGUUUUGGUUUUGCUCCCUUCUGAAAAAAAAAUUGAAGUGACGCCCCUGAGAGCAACCCAGGUCAUGUUAUUAGCCCGCGUAAUUUAGUUUCGACAAUGUUCAAAGUAGGACGUACAUCUGACGUGGUGAUGUUAUCGUGUGCUCUUCUAAAAGGAAAUGUUUCAAUUUAAUGUUUAAAAAUGUUAAGCUCCAGCGUCAAUAUUCACAUGAUCAAAAUGUCCCUGCCCAGGGGAAGUUCUUUCCUACUGGCUGGCCCGGCUGCUGGCCCUGGACUGUGUGCCACCUGUGACAAUCUCCACCAUCAACUCCAGCCAGUGGUCCACGCGUGACGUCAUGAGAUGGACCUGGAAUGAUCACCUCGGCGUCAUGAUGUGGAUCGACGAGAUUGAUAACUCCUUCCAUAAGAGGUAUUCCUGGAAUUAUCCUUAUUUUCUUGCGCUAGCUUUGUGUCCCGAUGUUAUAUUUUUGUCCCACUGUUAUUUUUGCAUCCCACUGUUAUCUUUGUGUCCCGAUGUCAUCUUUGUGUCCUAAUGUCAUCUUUGUGUCCAAUGUUAUCUUUGUGUCCCGCUUUUAUCUUAGUGUAUUCCAAUAUUAUCUUUGUGUCCGAUGUUAUCUUUGUGUCCCGAUGUUAUAUUUGUGUCCCGAUGUUAUUCCGAAGAUUGUGUUUGAUAUUUUAACUCGCCAAUGUUUGUGAGAUUUUGUUUCAAAUGUUAACUCGCCAAUGUUCCUGAGAGAAUUUGUUGGGCUGGAGGACUAGCUGCCUCCCUAAAAAGAACAAAAAGUUGGUCCAUUUCCAAGUUUGAAUGAUUCAUGAUUCACCAGUGUCAAUUCAAUCAUUGGGAUGGCAACAGUUUGAGAACACUUGUUUUCCCACACAUAAAUUUAUAUCAUUAACUACUUUUAAAGUGCCCUUUAUAUUUCUUUUCUGUGUAUAAUGAAUUGUUCUAUAUUAAUUUUCUUUAAAAUAUAUUUGAUUUGUUGAGUAUACACGCAUUUCUUGUCCCCAUCAACAAGAUCCAAUGUGUUCAUGCCGGCGCCAAUUUUAAACGCACUUCGAACGGGAAUACCCUUUGACAAGAGCGCGCUACUCGUCUACAUAGAGGAAACCUUAGCGAACGUCACGAGCACGGUCGACGUCAUUGGUCGCAGUGAAGGAUAUGACGUCAGGGAUGGAGUGACGAGGGCCCUGAUAGCGCUGGCUCAGUGGGGAUCGAUGAUAAUUUUCGAUUAUCUGACGGGCAAUCACGACAGGUAAGCUGCGCGGUGAUCUUAAAGAACGGUAAAUUGGUGCAGAUGUAACGCAUUAAGGAAUAGAUCGUGGACGUUGGUGUUGAUGCAAUGGUACAACUGAUGUUUAUGCAACGGUACAAUUGGUAUUAAUGUGACAGCACAAUUGAUGAUCGCUAUGAUUAAAGCAAUGAGAAUCGGUGGGUUUGGCUGAAAAGAUUUUGAUACAGGUAUGUGCAGUCGGAAAUUUAAAGUACGGAGCCAAACUCCAGCUCCGCAAUUUUACGUCAGAAUGGGCGUGUCUUUACUGCUAGGAAUAAAUUUUAAUGGAUUUAUUACAUCAAAACCACGUUUUUCGUUUUUUUUUGGUGUUUUUUUUCAAGAAGUAACUUCCAGGUUUAAUCAUAACGAGUACAAACUGCAUGACUUUGCUAUGACCAAAAAUGAUUUGACUAAGUCACAUUGUGUCGGGCUGUGAUUUAAUCCAUAAUUGUUUCAACCAUGUCCAGGGUGGUCAGCAUGCAGGAGGCUGCCUUCAAGGAGAACAACACUAACAUUCUCCAGGAACCCAUUCGGAACCUGAAGCGCUCAAAGUAUGCCGGUACGAAACUGUGGCUCAUUGACAACGAGAGGGGCUUCCUGGACGCUUAUCACCUGAUGUAUGGGCAACCCAAGUACGGGGCGAGGUAUGUAUGGACAACCCAAGUACGGGGCUAGGUAUGUAUGGAAAACCCAAGUACGGGGCUAGGUAUGUAUGGACAAACCCAAGUAUGGGGCUAGGUAUGUAUGGACAACCCAAGUACGGUGUUAGGUAUGUAUGGACAACCCAAGUACGGGGCUAGGUAUGUAUGGACAACCCAAGUACGGUGUUAGGUAUGUAUGGACAACCCAAGUACGGGGCUAGGUAUGUAUGGACAACCCAAGUACGGUGUUAGGUAUGUAUUGACAACCCAAGUACGGGACUAGGUAUGUAUGGACAACCCAAGUACGGUGUUAGGCAUGUGUGGACAACCCAAGUACGGUGUUAGGUAUGUAUGGACAACCCAUUUACGGGGCUAGUAAAGUAUGGUCAACCCAAGUAUGGUACUAGGUAUGUAUAGACAACCCAAGUACUGGGAUGGUUAUGUAUAGACAACCCAUGUAUGGGGAUGGUUAUGUAUGGACAACCCAAGUACGGGGCAAGUAAAGUAUGGUCAACCCAAGCAUGGUACUAGGUAUGUAUAGACAACCCUAGGACGUAGCUAUGUAUGUAUGGACAACCCAAGUACGGUGUUAAGUAUGUGUGUACACCCCAAGUAUGGUGCUAGUUAUGUAUAAAUGGCUAUAGCCAUGUAUCCCUAGUCAAUAUGAUCCACACACAUUUGACCUCUAAGAACCGCCAAUGGCAUACAAAUCUUUACUGCCGUUUUUCUCUGGGCAGUCCAGUUAUGAGCUACCAUAACCUCUGAUCUAUCUUAAGAAAAACAUAUUUUUAAGAUCCCUUAAUUAUGUUUCUAGAUAACGACCCUACAACCCUAAAUAUGGCUCAAUAGACAAGGAUCCCUAAGACCUCAUACAUGGCUCCUAACUGAGCACCCCAAAGUCUCUGGUGAAAACGAGCGUUCAACUCAUAUAUAUCUUUAUUGACCGUCACAAAAAAACAAGAUUGAAUAUGAUCUCAUUAUAAUACAUCCCGAAUUCAAGAGCUUUGUCGUAUGCCACUAUGACCAGGUAGUGCAGUUUAUACUUACUACUCCACCCCCCCUUUUUUUUCACUCCUGGGAUGACAGAAUAAUGAGAUAGGAAGUGGUAAAAAAUUCUAAACUCACGGCCCUAUCUAAACUCACGGCCCUAUCUAAACUCACGGCCCUAUCUAAACUCACGGCCCUAUCUAAACUCACGGCCCUAUCUAAACUCAUGCCCCUAUCUAAACUCACGACCCUAUCUAAACUCACGGCCCUAUCUAAAUUCACGGCCCUAUCUAAACUCACGGCCGUAUCUAAACUCACGGCCCUAUCUAAACUCACGGCCCUAUCUAAACUCACGGCCCUAUCUAAACUCACGGCCCUAUCUAAACUCACGGCCCUAUCUAAACUCACGGCCCUAUCUAAACUCACGGCCCUAUCUAAACUCACGGCCCUAUCUAAACUCACGGCCCUAUCUAAACUCACGGCCCUAUCUAAACUCACGGCCCUAUCUAAACUCACGGCCCUAUCUAAACGAAGACGGCACAAACUGAAUUUCCUGCGCAAGCACAAUUGUUUAUUUUUUUUAAAAUCCUUUAUAUUAACUUCGCUUUUGUUCGUGGCUGGCUGUCAAGAUCUAACCUGUAUAAUUGUGUCCUUAUCUUCUAGGGGAAGGUGAAGGAAAUAGGAUGACACUGAUUUCACGAGAAUAUAAUUCCCGAUAACUGCUCUAUGAGCUUAUUAUUAGAAAUUAGAAUACUAAUAAUAGAAAAAUAAUUAUUUAAAAAAAAAAAAAAAGCAACUGCGAAACAUUGGCGACAGCAAUGCGUGAACUUCCCAUCUACUUAAGUUACUUGACAAAGCAUGAACUCAAGUAUCGCACAUUUAAGAAUUCCAAUUUUUGCUAGUCCCCAUACUCCCAUGAAACGUCACUGCACACUUUUUACUUCACGCCCAUGAACAAUAUUAAUUUACUGAUGUCCCAACCAAUUUUAAAACGAAUAUUUAUUACACCGUAUUUAAAUUGAGACCAUUUCAUUUCCGAAAAGAAAAUAUUACGCACCAAAUGCAAUUGCGUUAUUAAAAAAAAAUCAUUGAUCUCCGUUAUCAGGAAUUAUAUUUUGCCUCCCCUAGAACUCACUAUUGAACCAUAUUUUCUUUAAAACAUAGAGAAUAAUAUGUAAUACUAGCGAGUACCUGGCAUGCGUUGCUAUGUCACGUUAAGAAAGAACAAAUGUUUGUGUUUUAAUUAUGUUUUUUAAGGUACUUUUUAUGUAGACAUUUUGUUUUUCCAUCUGGUGCGUACACAGAUAAAUUACAAGUUUUUUUCCGACGUGUCUGCAGGCCACAUACAGCUUUCCACGCGGGAAACAUGGAUUUUCAAAAUUUAGCCGACACACUUGUAGCGAUUGAUCCCCCCCCCCCCUAAAAUAGCUCUGUUUGAAAUUAUAUGUAUAAAUCUCAUUAAAGGGGAAAAAAAACGAAUUUAAAGUCCCCGGUCCCAAACGGAAUAUUGUAAACAGGUUGCACUAAUUCAGAAACCUACUUAUUAUGUCACACACAAACUGAAAUGUCGCUAUUUGUAUUUGUUUAAAAUCCAUCAACAAAUGCACAGCUCUGUUUUAAAUUAUAUUUACAUAACUCAUUUUUUUUAAAAAACGAAUUUAGGGCACACGGCCCAAAAAAAAAAUGGAAUAUUUUAAAAGGGUGGGUGAUGAACCAAGCACUGCUUACAAAAAUGCGUGGGCGAGCGGACAACAAUUCACCAAAGUUUGGUCGCAAUCGGAUGAAUGGUGUAGGAGCGCACACGGGACAUACAUACAAACAGACAUUCAUUUACAAAUGUAUAGAUAAUUCAAUUUAUUAAUUUAUUUUAGAAACCAAUGAUUGGUGUAGCAAAUGUCUCUUUAUUAAAUUAAAAACCCCAUUACUGACUAUAACACGUGUUAUUCUAUUGCUAAUAUAACAUGGUUAACUAUUACUUUGUUCACUGUCAUGGAUGGUCUACCGUUAUCACUUGAGUUAUAAUAAUAAUAAUAAUAAAGUUCAUUUAAAAAAACACACGCUUCAUCCCCAAAGGCUCGAAGCGCGGUACAAAGUCAACAAAAAACAUAUCUAUAAUUACAAGCAUACAAUAUCAAAGUCUUUCUAGCCAUUUCAACCCGGAGCAACACAGCAACACAUGGAAAAUAAGGUAGACAAUCAUCCCAGAAGGUAUUUGUGAAAUAGAUGUGUCUUUAGAUCGGUUUUAAAGGACUCCAGUGUCUGGUUGUUUCUAAGAUCGACAGGAAGGGCGUUCCAAAUUGUUGGACCAGCAAAUGCGAAAGUGCGUUUUCCGUAAGUCUCAAGGCAAACACGUGGUGUCGAGAGUUUGCCACUAUCGGAUGAGCGGAGCUCUCUACUGGGUACAUAAGGCGUCAGCAGCUCUUUCAGAUAGGACGCGCCAGGUCAUGUAAGCAGCGAUAGCACAAAGUUGCGAUUUUGUACUCUAUGCGAGCACGCACCGGCAGCCAAUGCAACUCUCUCAGAAGUGUUUUUGCAUGGUCGAAUUUGCGGAGAACUAUGCGAGCCGCAUUAUUCUGUGCUAUUUGAAUUUUAUCCAGGAGCGUAGCUGGAAGACCCACCUUGAGAGCAUUGCAAUAGUCCAUGCGUGAUAGCACAAAUGCAGACAUCAGCCUCUUUGUUGUAUCAAUUGUUAGGAAGGGCCUGAUUUGACUAAUCCUGCGCAGCUCCAGAAAAAUCGCCCUGCAUAGCAUGUUAAUAUGACUUUCAAAAGUUACAGACAUCAGCCUCUUUGUUGUAUCAAUUGUUAGGAAGGGCCUGAUUUGACUAAUCCUGCGCAGCUCCAGAAAAAUCGCCCUGCAUAGCAUGUUAAUAUGACUUUCAAAAGUUAGUCUUCUAUCUAGGUAGACACCCAGGUACCGCACUGUUUGAGCUAACUCAAUACGCACACCUGAGAGAGUAAUGGAUGUCGUGUUAUUUGCAGAUUUCUGCUUCUGAGCGGUCGCAAUGGGGAGCAGCUCAGUCUUAUCAUCAUUUAAUUUGAGCUUGUUAAUGGUCAUCCAGUGCUUUACCGACUCCAUUGUCUUCUGUGUCAUACUGAGCAGCUGAGGGAACUGAGAAGUGAUCACGGAUUGAUGAAGUUGUGUAUCGUCCGCGAACAUGUGAUACAACAUGUCAAACUGCCUGAUCUCUGCACCCAGGGGCUGAAUGUACAUCGUGAAAAGCAUCGGGCCUAGGACCGAGCCCUGGGGUACUCCGAAUUCGAGAUUAGAUUUCUUCGAGGUCAAGCCGAUGUAGUUAUGAUUAAUCUACAUCUGCUCCUCUCUCACUCAAUAAGUAAUGAUAACAUCCAAUGAUUUACAAUUUUUUUUAUUAUAUAAAUUAAACACAAUAAUAGUAAGACUUGCCAGGAGGAUAUCCUGCAAUAAUUCUAAGAUGCAAUAAUAACACACUUGUAUAAUAUUCCACAUCACAAUUGAAUCAUAAUACUUCAAUACUUCAAUACUUCAAGACUUCAAUACUUCAAUACUUCAAUGCUGCAAUACUUCAAUACUUCAAUACUUCAAUACUUCAAUACUUCAAGACUUCAAGACUUCAAUACUUCAAUACUUCAAUACUUCAAGACUUCAAUACUUCAAUACUUCAAUACUUCAAGACUUCAAUACUUCAAUACUUCAAGACUUCAAUACUUCAAUACUUCAAUACUUCAAUACUUCAAGACUUCAAUACUUCAAUACUUCAAUACUUCAAUACUUCAAUACUUCAAUACUUCAAUACUUCAAGACUUCAAUACUUCAAUACUUCAAGACUUCAAUACUUCAAUACUUCAAUACUUCAAUACUUCAAGACUUCAAGACUUCAAUACUUCAAUACUUCAAUACCUCAAUACUUCAAUACUUCAAUACUUCAAUACUUCAAUACUUCUUCAAUACUUCAAUACUUCAAUACUUCUUCAAUACUUCAAUACUUCAAGACUUCAAGACUUCAAUACUUCAAUACUUCAAUACCUCAAUACUUCAAUACUUCAAUACCUCAAUACUUCAAUACUUCAAUACUUCAAUACUUCAAUACUUCUUCAAUACUUCAAUACUUCAAUACUUCAAUACUUCAAUACUUCAAUACUUCAAUACUUCAAUACUUCAAUACUUCAAUACUUCAAUACUUCAAUACUGCAAUACUUCAAUAAUCCAUACAAGAGAAAAUCAAAAGAUGUCUGAUCCCUGUCAGAUAAAAUCAUGUACUCCCUCGCCCCACUGAAGCGUGCAGUCUAUCUCCGCUCUAGAAACUAGUUCGCUCUUUUCUCGUGAUUAAUAAGUUGUUACAACGUCUAUAUGAUCAAAUUACUACGCCAUCCUGACAUAAAAGUGUCGUGUGUAAACUCACAGCCAAUUUGGUCUGUGACACUAACACUCCAUUACUAACUACGCCAUCACUGCCACUCCCGCUAUAAACAUAACAACAUUAACAACGCCAUUUCGCAUACCCAAAUAUGCGCCACAAAAUACAAAGCAUACAGCAAAAGCUAAGAUAAUCACUUAAAUACCAAAUACGCUAAAUAGGAAGCAGCCAGCUUGUUAGGAAGCAGUCGAAAAUGGAAGCAGUCGAAAAUGGAAGCAGUCAUACCAGAAGCUUAAUACAUACAAGAGAAAUAAGUGAUGCAUAUACACGUUUAAAAAAACACUUUAUGUUUAGGGGUUGCUUAACCCUACCAGCCCUGGGACCCUUAACCCAACUGUCCCUUAUUCCUGGGUUCCUGAACAUUAAAGAGGAAAAAACCAACAUAACAUAGAAAUAAUGUUAGUGACAUGCUCACAAGUCUUAGUGGUUGGAAUAAGAUGGGACUUAGGGACAUUGCAGAAAAUAGGACCACCGUUCAUCUAGCGCCAAUAUUCCACCUUUGUGUGACAAUCCACCCAGAAGGAUGAACCUUGUUUCACACAGAGGUACUCCUUGCAAAGUGAGCACCAGAAUUUAAUCUUCACCUUCUUGUAUACGUAUUGUCUUUGUAAGACACUCCAGCAUUUUGACUCUGGUACCUUGAGUGCUUUUCCGUGCCCACAACACAGAUUAUUUAUUAUUAUCGUUCGGCCGUCGAAGAUCGACGUUGACCAUCGAGUUGUCCGGUGACUGGUGACUUGCGCGGGUGACUUUUUGUGUUGUUUAAGGUGAGGAAGAGUUGCGCGGCGUCAACCUCACUCUCUCGUCCGGGCCCACCAUAUCCAGUGGGAAGACUCUACGUCAAGACAACCGGGGAUGGGUACGGAUAUGAUUAGACGAUAUCCCAGAGAAAAUCUCUGGAAAAUGAGUUCCUGGGGGUCAUUCGUUGAGGGCAGGGUUCCUUUCAUGGGUGGGGGUUGGCUGUGAUAAGCCCAGAACUGGUUUGCUUUCCUGCAGCAGUGCUUGGUUCAUCAGCCACUCGUUUCAUUGUGAAUUUUCAGAUUUUUUUUUCACGUCAAACCAUACAAAGUCAAUUCAAACACAGGAUGGAAGAUAUUUGCAAUGGAUUGAUUGGUUAUUUUUAGUUUUUGACUCAUUUUUUCACGUAGUAGGCAAAGUACCGAAAAUUAGUAACGCGCUAUAGCGGCAGAUUCGGAAAUUACCGAAUAAGCCGUACAACGGUCUGGUAAGUUGAUUAGGCCAUGAAUUUAAAUCGCACAUACAAUCAAUGCAGUUAGGCACUCAACGAGCACCACCGAGACCAUAAAGAGUGUUUGGUCUUCAUUUUAUUUUUUUAUUGUUUUCCCUCUGUUGCAGGUUUAUCAAGUUCCAUGACCAAAUGCUCCACACCAUGUGUAUCUUUCAGGGGCGUUUCGUGAGGAGGUUGCGAAAAUUAAACAGCUUCAGGAGUCCGCCAGAUGAGCUGAGAAAAUACGCGCUCAGGAAGGAACCGCUCCUGCUUGCUGCAGAAACCGACGCUGGAUUUAGUUUCUUCAACAAGCAUUUCUCUGAAAGAUUGUCAGCGGUUGUUCAGUGGAUCCAGCAUUGUGAAUCAACGACCACUGAUGGGUGAAAGGAAUGUCCACUGAAGAAAUUUUAUUUCUGUUGAAACUUGUUUUUAUUUAUUGAUCAAAUGAAACAUUGCUUUGUUUUAGUAAUAAUAAAAUGUUACUUAAGUGAA